AACUCAGUCACACACACACACACACACACACACAGUCCUGAACUCUCUUACGGAUGAGCUUAUCUGUGUCUGUCACGAGCAUAUAAAGAAAAUCACGGCGUCGCUUCGACAGUGCGGGAUCUUUGGGUUGUGAGGUAUUAUGGGGCGCGCAGGCUGCAGAUUGUGGGGUCCAGCAUCUGUUCUUCUGUGUUUCUGUCUGUUGCAGGCACAGAGUUUCACCCACAUAAAGACUAACCUCUGUAAGUGGUGUGACCACUCGAGUCCCGUAUGUGAAGACAACGUCUGCAUGAGCAACUGCAGUCUGACCUCUUACUGUACUCUGGCUGAAGAAGUGUGUGUAGCGAUAUGGAAGAAGGACAAUGUGAGCGUGAGUGUGCGGACACUGUGUUAUAACCCUCAGGAUAUGCUGGAGAACAUAAUGCUGACAAACUACUCCUCCAAAGAGUGUUUGAUGACACCUCAGCCCUCUGAAGAUGGCCUGCUCUUCAUCUGCGGCUGUAUCGAAGAUCACGAGUGCAACGACAGACUCGUCUUCGAAAAAGGAGCCAAUGGAUUCUCAAAGCUGAAGUCUAAAGACGUCAUACCAGUAGUAGUCAUAAGCCUGGUUCCACCCCUCCUGGUAGCUGUCAUUGCUACCAUGGCUUUUUACCUCUACCGCACACGUCAGCCUGGCAAGAAACCCAAAGACUGGGGGCCACGACGCACCCACUACCAGUGUCUAGAUCCCGCCGAGGGCCAAGUAAAUGGUAGUGAUUACCGCGGCAAGCUGCCGUCCCUCAGUGAUGAUGUCAAUUCGGAAAUCUCAUCGACUUGUGCCAAUAACCUAAACCAUAACACAGAGCAGCUGCCCAUCCAGCUGGAGGCGCUGGUGGGUAAGGGCCGCUUUGCAGAGGUAUGGCGGGCACGGCUCAGUCAUAAUGAGGGUGGGCAGUAUGAAACGGUGGCUGUGAAGAUCUUCCCGGCGGUGGAGUAUUCCUCAUGGUGUAACGAAAGAGCCAUAUUCUCUGACGUCAACUUAAAACAUGAGAAUAUAGUGCAGUUCCUGACUGCUGAGGAGAGAGGCGGUACUGCUAAUGCCCCCCAGAGGCAAUACUGGCUCAUCAUGGCUUAUUAUAACAUGGGAAACCUUCAGGACUUUUUGGCUGGUCACAUCCUUACAUGGACUGAGCUGUGUUCACUGGCAGGCUCUGUGGCGAGAGGCUUGGCACACCUGCAUAGCGAUACAACGCCCUGCGGCACACCUAAAGUGCCCAUCGCCCACAGAGAUCUGAAGAGCAGCAACAUUGUGCUGAAGAACCACAGCGAGUGUGCGCUCUGUGAUUUCGGACUGGCUCUGCGACUUGACCUCUCGCUCACCGUAGAUGAUUUUGCCAACAGUGGACAGGUGGGGACCGCACGCUACAUGGCCCCUGAAGUUCUGGAGUCCAGGGUGAAUCUAGAGGACUUGGAGUCCUUUAAACAGAUUGAUAUCUACUCCAUGGCCCUGGUGCUAUGGGAAAUGGUCUCCAGGUGUGACGUCAUAGGAGAGGUAAAGAGUUAUGAACCCCCAUUUGGCUCCAAGGUGUGUGAACAACCUUGUGUAGACAGCAUGAGAGACCUGGUGUUAAGAGACAGAGGACGACCAGAUAUUCCAGAGAGCUGGACAACACAUCCAGGCAUGCAGCUCUUGUGUGCGACUAUAACAGAGUGCUGGGAUCAUGACCCGGAGGCUCGUCUGACGGCACACUGUGUGGUGGAGCGCUUUAAUACUCUGGCCCAGGAAGAGCUGGAGAACUCCCUCUGCACCCAAGCGCCCAUAUUGCCAUCUACAGAGGACCAAAGCGCAUCCCUUCCCUUCCUUCCUCCCUGCACAGACCACAGCACUGGCAUCCGUCCACAUGUUACUACAUCUGACACGCAGAUCUCCGUUUCCUCCAGGCAACCAAGUCAAAUGUGACCUCUGACCUGCCUGGAAAAAUCAGACUUCUUGUAAUCCAUAUUGAAUCAUUAUGUGGAGCCGGUCUCCAUUUUUCUUUAAACGUUAAUUAAACCAAUGGACAAAAGAGGGUUUCUGUUCUAACAUAUCCUCGUUUACUUGUAUAAUGUUGUUGAAGGAUGAAAAGGCUGCUUUGUGCCAUAAAGAAAAAAAAAACAAACAAAAAAAGCUAACGCAGGUGGAGAGAAGUUAGGGGUACGUGGCAGAAAGCUGCAAACAGCGCAGUUAUUCCGAACAUGUUUUCCCAAAAAUGUUUACCACACAUAAUUUUCUGAUUUACAAUUUUCCAUUGGCCUUUCUGACUCACUCACUCAUGAAAUCCACGUGAUCUCCCCAUAAACUCAGUUUUGGGGGGACUUCAAUUUGAUUAACCACAGAACCACAGACGAUACACUAGCAACAUAACUGCUGUUUUUAGACUUUAAAAAAACAGUUUAAUUUCAUUGCUCACACAGGGUUGUAGUCCUUUCAAAUAAUGUUAGAAUAACUUCAAAAUGUGAUCUGAGCCUUUUGCUAUGGAUGAGUCGCUUUGCACUGACCCUGUUUUAACCACUGACCUGAUUACUUUAAUUAAAUGAGAACUACAACUUAUCAAUGUCCUGCUUCAGAAGUUGAGGAUGAGCCUGAUCAUUCCAGACUUAUUGAUUAUAAUCAAUUAGCUUAUCCUAAUUAAAAGAAAAAAAAGCAACUUUUAAAAGAUUCCUUCGACUCACUUCUAAUGGUAAACAGGAUUCAGUAAGCUUAUGAUUUGUUACAUCAGUGAGCUUGGAGCAAAGCAUGACACUAACUUGUCUAGUUUCUAAAGAGCCUGCAUUUAUACGCUCCAAUUUUUUAAAGCAAUCUGAGGUUCACCCAAAUUCUACAGAGCUACUUUGAGGGACAGGGAAAAUUCAUACCAGAUUGCACACUGGAAAAAGAACUGAUGGAGAUAAAUACUUUCUGUGCGAAUGUCAACAUGAACAUAUGGCAACCUGUUAUGCUUUUUCCAUUACUGGAGAUGAGGCAAACAAAGAUGUCAUUUUGCCCAUUCCUAGUGUGAACUGGCUUCACGGCUGUACAGUAAUCACUUUAUAAAAUGUAUAUGCAUAAUG